CCGGGGGUCCCCAGGGCGCAGCCGGGACGCCUCCGGCCCGGGGACCGCGCUGCGGGACUGCGCCGUGACAUCAGCGCCGGUGCGGUGACAUCGGCGCCGGUGUGGUGCAGUGUGCAAAGCCCACUGGUUGGCGUGGCCCGGACACGCCCUCCCCGAGCGGAACAAAACGCCGCGCGGGCCGGGCGCGCCCAGCCCCGCUUCCAGAGCGCUGCCCUGCCGCUCGCCCGCCCGCCGUCCGCCAACGCCGAGUGCCCAGCCGCCGCCAGAAUGCCGAACUGGGGAGGAGGUAAGAAGUGUGGGGUGUGCCAGAAGACGGUGUACUUCGCUGAAGAGGUUCAGUGCGAAGGCAGCAGCUUCCACAAAUCCUGCUUCCUGUGCAUGGUCUGCAAGAAGAAUCUGGACAGCACCACCGUGGCCGUGCACGGCGAGGAGAUUUACUGCAAAUCCUGCUAUGGCAAGAAGUACGGGCCCAAGGGCUACGGCUACGGGCAGGGCGCGGGCACGCUGAGCAUGGACAAGGGGGAGUCGCUCGGCAUCAAGCACGAGGAGGGCCCCAGCCACAGGCCCGCCACCAACCCCAAUGCGGCCAAGUUUGCCCAGAAGAUCGGCGGCUCUGAGCACUGCCCGCGGUGCAGCCAGGCCGUCUACGCCGCCGAGAAGGUGAUUGGUGCUGGGAAGUCCUGGCAUAAGUCCUGCUUCCGGUGCGCUAAGUGCGGCAAAGGCCUCGAGUCCACCACCCUGGCCGACAAGGAUGGCGAGAUUUACUGCAAAGGAUGCUAUGCUAAAAACUUCGGGCCCAAGGGCUUCGGCUUUGGGCAGGGAGCUGGGGCUCUGGUCCACUCUGAGUGAGCCUGCCCGUCGCGUGCCCACGCCUGUGCUUCUCAUCACCACCCCUUCCUGGCAGCCUCACGACCUCCAGGAUUCGUCCUCCCUUCAGCCCUGCACGCGUCACUAAGGACUUGAACUGGGGUGUCUGGCUCCCUUUGCUUCGGGCGUCUGCCGGAGGCCUCACCCCUCCAGGGCGCUCCCUCCGCCUGGGACCUGCCGCCCAUCACUAGCAGGAGGCCUUGGGGCUGUGGGUCUCCCCCUGGCCCUGCCCCGCCCCGCAGACCCCUGUCCUCAGCCUCUUAGCUGCAUGUCCGUCAUCAGUGGAGCCCAGCGGGCGGGGAGCAGGACCGGGUGGGGUGGGAAAGGCUGUGCUUCUUGUCGGGGAGAGGGGCUCCCUGAGGUCCCUCAGAGCAGGCCUGGGGAGUCCCAGCUCGGGAGUUCCUGGGGGACACGCAGGCAGGCGCACACCACAGGGGCCACCUGCCCCGCUCGGCCUGGUGCCUUUGAGACUGGGGGCAGGUGUCCCCCGACUCGGACGGUGAGCAAGCCAGGCCUAAGGGCCCCAGAGUCAGGAUGUGGUCUGGCCUCCCCAGGCUCGAGCUCCCUGUGGGACGGGGACCCUAAUGAAACACUCCAACAUCGCUGCACUGUCAGAGGCCCAAACCUGAGGGUGCAUAACUCUGCCCCCAGCCCUGGGUUCUGAGGCCGGGGCUCUGUCCUUAGCACGCCUGCCUGACCCUCAGAUGUGGAGGGAGGUACACGCAGCCUGUCUUCACCUGGACACCCUUCCCCUGCCCCCAGCCUUCUCCAGUGAUCCCUCUCUGGCCACACCACCCACCCCUUCCAGGCCCCCAGGUCCAGAGCAGCAGGAGGAUGGGGAGGGGCCAGGCCCCGCUGCCCCCCAGGGACAGAGUGGGGCUGCCCUCUGGACCGUGGGCUGCAGCGCGGGCUGUACUCAAGCUGAUUCCGCACCCAGUCAAUAAAGCUGUCAGAACAGAA